CCAACUUUGGACUGGGAUGGUGACGCCAUGUUGGGAAGGUCGCUCCCUCAGCCGAGUAAAAACACUAAAAACGGGCGUUACAGUUUCCGUCACCUUGGGACGGCCUCCCUCAUUCCCGCCCCGUUUCAAUUGUCGGAAUUUGGGAAGGUGCCGCAUUCUCGGGGUGGUCGUUUGUGUUUCCCCCAUUUUGAGAAGGUUUUUUUGUGUUGCCGCCCUCUUGGGGAGGCCGCUGCGCUCCCGCCAUUUUUGGAAGGUCCUUGAGGAGCUGCCAUCUCGGGAAGGUCGCGCUCGCGCCAUUUGGGGGGCGUCAUAUCGGAUUCGUGACGUCAUACAGCCCUGCGGUGACGUAACCGGGGCGUGGCGUCACUGCGGGGGGCGGGGCCGCAGCCAGGCCCCACCCGGGGGGGCCGGGCCGGUCCCGGUGGCGGCGGGCGGUGGCGGGGGCCAUGGCCAAGGCCUACGACCACCUCUUCAAGCUGCUGCUGAUCGGGGACAGCGGCGUGGGCAAGACUUGCCUCGUCAUCCGCUUCGCCGAGGACAACUUCAGCAGCACCUACAUCUCCACCAUCGGGAUCGACUUCAAGAUCCGCACUGUGGACAUCGAUGGGAAGAAGAUCAAGCUGCAGGUCUGGGCAUCGUCCUGGUGUACGACAUCACGGACGAGAAAUCCUUCGAGAACAUCCAGAACUGGAUGAAAAGCAUCAAGGAGAACGCCUCGGCCGGGGUCGAGCGGCUCCUCCUGGGCAACAAGUGCGACAUGGAGGGGAGGCGGAAAGUGCAGCGGGACGCGGCCGAGCAGCUGGCGAAGGAGCACGGGAUUCGCUUCUUCGAGACCAGCGCCAAGUCCAGCGAGAACGUGGAGGAGGCUUUCCGCACGCUGGCUCGGGACAUCCUGCACAAAUCCUUCCGGAAAGCCCCCCCCGGCAGCAGCAGCAGGGCCCUGCUGGAGCCCGGGACCCCCCGAAAGGCCGGCGGGAGAUGCUCGCUGGGAUAGGGGCCGCGACCUCCCCGAGACCCCCGGGGCAGCGCAGGCGCCUCCCCGGAGGGAUCUGGGGGGGAUCCGGGGGGGAUUUGGGGCUGCCCCCCCUUCUCUCCUCGUGCCAUAAAGCCCCGCUGUGCCUUC